ACUGGAAUCUCUUCCUCAUAGCGGAUUUAUGGUGGGUACGUCCAUCUCUCAGUACCUUUUGGAGAAGUCCAGAGUUGUUUUUCAGGGCCGAGGUGAAAGGAGCUUUCAUGUGUUUUAUGAGCUGCUGUAUGGUCUUCCAGUAGGACAAAAAGAGGAACUUUACCUGCAAGAGGCAGAGACUUACUUUUAUCUAAACCAGGGCCGAGUGUGUGAGCUUCCAGGAAAGCGGGAUGAUCAGGAUUUUCUGGUCUUGAUUAAGGCUCUCCAGAUGAUAGGUCUCUCCAGUGACCAGCUGAACUCCAUCUGGGCAAUGCUCGCUGGCAUACUGCAGUUGGGAAACAUCUGUUUUACAUCCUGUGAGAAAGAAUCCUCUGAGUUUGCACUCAUCCCCAGUGAAACGGAAAUCCAGAUCGUUGCCAGUUUGCUGCAUAUUUCGGCAGAUCUUCUUCAAAGGGCCAUCACCCACCGAGUGACUGUAAGCAUCUCUUUCUAUUGUUGGCACGUCUUGCUUCUUCUCAUCAUGUUUUUCACAAAGGAGGAUUUUGUGUUUAAGUGA